AUGCAAGCUAGAACGGUGAAGAACGACGUGAUGGGACUGACCGAGACUAGACGACGCCACCCAGUAAACGCAGCAUAUGGCGCUGGAGAAGAACUGUUCUUAGGAACAUGCGAUAGUAGAGGAGUUGGUGAUGCUGGUGUCCUUGUCAACGCGAGUAUGGCAACGACUCUUUCGAACAACUUACGACCCAAAUCGGACGUCUGCGGAUGA